CACAUCGCCGCUCGCUACUGGGCCUGCGCGUGCGCGAUCGCGCCUUCGGGAUUCCCUUCAGCAGGCAUCAAGCAGCCUGCCUCCCUGCUUUUUCUAAUUAAGGGAACCUCCACUCUCCUGCCCCUCGGUGUUUCUCACCCCAAAGCCUUGUGGGCAGCAGGAAGUGGGGCUGUCCUGCCUCUACCCCACGCCGGGUGGCUGCUGACACGUCCCUUGGGCAGGAGAGGCAUCCGGCUGGAUGAAGGCAGCGACGCCGGGGGAACGGAACAGCACGGCAGGUCUGAGUUGGCGCCUGGAAGGACACAGACUGCUUCAUGUAGCUGCAUUCAACAGCUCCGAGGCUGGCAGAAAUGAGCCGCUGAAUUGAGCUCACACAGUAUGCAUGUUUUUGCCUGGCUGUGAUUGGUCCGGACUCAAGCCUUGACCUAUCACAGUAGGACAUCAUCUUCCGACUUCCUUCCCGCCCGAGCACAGAGACCAGGACUCAGCAGGAGUCGGCACUGCAGAGAGGCCGGAUACUGGAGUGAUGGAAAAGUUUUUGAAAAGAAAAGAACUGGACUCUGAACAAAAUUUGGAGCCAGAUGAGAGGCCAAGUACGAGUGGGCAUGAAAAGAAAGCAAAGAUGGUUAGCUCAAGCAAAUUCUCUGUCACAAGGCAAUAUAGCGAAAGCUAUAUUUCAUUUGGAUUUACUUUCACCGGAGAUGCAAACCAACCAACUCCACUGUGCGUGGUGUGUGGUGAAAAGCUAGCUAACAGUGCUAUGGUCCCAAGCAAACUUAAACGCCAUCUCCAAACGAAACACCCUUCGCUUAAAAACAAGAAUGUGGACUAUUUUGUUCGCCUGCGUGAAAACACAGAGAAACAGGCAACUCUCCUGAGACAAACCUCAAAGGUAAAUGAAAGAGCUCUUAAAGCUAGCUAUCACGUUGCUGAACUUAUAGCCAAGACAAAAAAGUCGCACACUGUGGCAGAGACAUUAAUACUUCCCGCCUGCAAAGCUAUUGUAGAGGAGAUGCUCGGACCUGAAGCAGCUAAGGAAAUAGCCAAGGUCCCUCUCUCAAACAACACAAUUUCCAGACGUAUUGAUGACAUGUCUGCAGACAUUGAAAGUGUGGUUUUGGAAAAGAUCCAUUGCAGUGAGAAAUUUGCAUUACAACUGGACGAGUCUACUGAUAUCAGUGGACAUGCUCAACUCUUGGCCAAUGUGCGUUUUGUUGAUGGUGAUGCAAUUAGAGAAAACUUCUUUUUCUGCAAGGCAUUGCCAGAAAAAGCAACAGGAGAAGAAAUUUUUCGGGUCACAUCAGAAUACCUUGAACAAGGAGGACUUAAGUGGGAAAACUGCAUAAGUGUCUGCACCGAUGGAGCUGCAGCCAUGGUCGGGCACACCAAAGGCUUUGUAAGCAGAGUGAAGGAAAGAAAUCCAAAUGUUAUUGUUACGCAUUGUUUUUUGCACCGUGAGACCCUCGUAGCCAAGACUUUACCAGCAGACCUAGUUCAUGUGUUGGAUGAUGUUGUGCGCAUGGUAAACUUUGUAAAGUCACGACCCGUGAAAAGUCGCAUAUUUGCAGCUUUGUGUGAGGAGAUGGGAGCGAAGCAUAAAACCUUGCUGUUUCAUACGGAGGUCCGGUGGUUGUCGCGUGGCAAGGUCUUGGUUCGUGUGUAUGAGCUGCGGGAGGAAACUUAA